AGAUUUAUUAUUAUGCUUAUCUUAACUAAAAAUAAAAACUCUGAUUAUGAAACUAUUUUAGAACGUAAAAAAGAAUUAAGCAAGAUGAAGCAUUUAUUGGAUAUUCUUUCUGAUCCUAAUAAAAGAUGUUCAAUGGACAUUUUACUGAAGUGUGAGCAAGUUUUAGAGAGACUGGAAUUUAAAGUAACGGCGUCAGAAUCAUCUGCCGCCACCAGUAAUCAGUCUAUUGUGGGACCGUCUAAGCCACCAGAGCAGAAUAUUUGCCAACCGUUAAUCGACGCUAUAAAUUAUCACAUUAAAUCUCCAUUAUUUAAUCACACACUGCAAAGGACUUUUGGACCUGCUGUUGCAGCAUUAAAUGGUCCACGAACUGUGUAAGUAUUUUAAGAUUUAAGUUACUUUA